GACUUCCUUCUUCCCACCACACGUAACUUCCCAGAAACUUCUGCUUCGACGCGUCAAUACAUCCAAGCAGCUCUGGACUUUUGUCAAGAGUCCUUGCAAAGAGAUUGCGCGAUCGUUCUGCUUCAUGGAUCGCGAAGAGAGCCCCGCGCAUCUUCAAAACCCGUCUCUAGUCAAUCCAAAUUCGGACAACUUUCACGAAACCGAGACAACUCAAUCUUCCAUGGCGCCUGUUAUUCUAGAAGAAGACAGUAACAUCGUCAGCGCUGCAAUUAUCACCCUUGGCGACGAUUCUUCCGACGAAGAGGAUCUCGAGCAAUUGAGCAUCGAAGACGAGAUUGCUAGAGUAGUUGAUGCUCUCUUAACGGAUGAAGAUGAGAGCUCCGAGCCCGGCUCUGACGAAGAUACAAGUUCAGGCAGUGGAAGUGGCACCAUUUAUAUCGGCGAGCAGUCGCAAACAGUAAUACCCGUUGCCGAGAUACACAUUUACACCGACAUGGAAACCGACUCUGACAACGAAACGGCCGCGAUCGACGAAACUCGUGUGCAAGUCCAGAUGCAGGUCAACGCAGCGAUAAUCGAAUCAAUGGUCGAUGAAGAACUUUUCAUCGACUUCGAGGACGUUCAACACAACGAAAGGCGCACCGAGAAUGUUCAAGACGGCCACGCAGAUGAGACGCGAAGCGAAAGUAGCCUUCUUGACCUAGAAAUCCUGGACGAGUGGGCGGAAGAAGACAUGGAAAGCCCUUUCACACCCUUGUCUCCCAGAGAUUCAAGUUACCAGCCUGCAAACCAAGUCUAUAACCGUUCGAACGCGCUUGAUUCAAAGAGCGAAGACAACGACCAAGACUCUGAUGAAGAGAGCUUCCAGAGUUGCGAAAGUGAAGAUGGCAAGGAUUCCAAAAUGGACAUCGGCAACAGAAACAUUUGGAAAGAGCUGAAGCGCGGACAAUGGGUUGCUAAGGAUUUGUCGACGAUCUUAGACACCAAAGCCGACAGAAUGAUUCCUAUGCCGACCACAUACCAAGCAAGAAAGGAAGCUCUUAUGAGCCUUUUCUUGCUUCUGUCCAAAGUUGUCUUCUUUAUUGACCUUGGUAUCCGACGAGAGAGAAUCUUCGCUUUAAUCCCAGAAAAGUUCUGGUUGACCCACUUCACAUGGACCGACACUCGGGAGCUUCUGCAGGCAAGAGACAAAGAGAUUUGUAUCAACCUGCUGACUCGAACGAAGACGGUAUUAGAAGAGUGGCGUUUGGGGUACGGAUUUCCUCGGGUACCAGAAAUAGAACAAGAUGUUCAUCAGGCCAGAGGCCAGGAUCAGCAGAUUGACAGAGAGGACCGAGUUCAGAGGCUGCUCCGACCAAAGUUGCACAGAUCCGAUCGCUGGUUGAGGCAUAUUUUCCUGGACUUCGUCGAGUACCUGCCUUGGGAAGAUGUUUGUGAUGAGUUUCGCGAAUUGGCUGUACGGAAAGUUGUCACAAUGACUGAACUUUGCUUCGAGCAAGUGAUUUCCAUCAGGGACGAGUUGCUGGACGUGAAAAUGCGACGAGAGAUCAGAGAGAAACUUGUUCGGGAGCAGUUGAAGCAGGUAUUGACUAAGAUCGGCACACUCGGUCUCGAUGGUUGACGACAUGUUUGGUGAUGAUAUACUGGUGAUUGCGCAUCGUAAAACAAGGACAAUGCUGUUGGAGUUUCAGAAUGGAGGCAUCUAGCGCUGGUCUCUACCACAGUGGGUUUGAGUAUA